UAGUAAUACUCUUGUUGCUUACUUACCAAAUGCAACUGCAACAGGAGAUAGUGUAAAUAUUAUAGGACCACAAAUGCCAAGUAAUGCAUGGGUACAUGUAGCAUUUACGUGGAGUACUGAACAUCUAGCUAAACUUUAUACAUCAUCUUAUCUUCAAGGUGAGAGUGGCGAAGCACGUACACUUAAUAAUGCUCGUGGUGAUCAUAAUAGUUCUCCAAUGACAAUAACACUUGGUAAAUAUAAUGGUGCAGCAAAUUGUGAAGGUAUUGAAGGAAUUUCUACAUCACAAACAUUUAUGGGUUCAUUGGAUGAAAUGUUUGUAUUUGCACGUGAGCUGCAAGAUAAUGACUUGGCACAAAUUAUCAAACCGUAA